UAGAAUUCUAGAAGAAUGUGAAUCAGAAUACAAUACUCCAAUUUUUCCAGUAAAGAAACCUGAUGGUAGCUAUCGACUAGUCCAAGACUUAUGAGCAAUAAACCAGAUCACUAAGGACAUACAUCCAGUAGUUGCAAAUCCGUAUACCUUGUUAACAUCUGUGAAAGAGAAAUAUAAAUGGUUUACAGUACUUGAUUUAAAAGAUGCCUUCUUCUGCAUACCCCUUGACCAGGAAAGCAAAAGCUAUUCGCUUUCGAUUGGGAGAAUCCACACAAUAGGAGAAAGGCCCAAUUAACCUGGACACGCCUUCCACAAGGAUUUAAGAAUAGUCCAACUAUCUUCGGAAAUCAACUAGCCAAAGAGCUUGAGGAAUGGACUACAAGAGGCUAUAUCAGAAUUCCUCGACAAUGGUAUUUGUUGCUGCAAUAUGUGGAUGAUAUUCUGAUUGCUGCUGAGACCCAAGAACUUUGCAUUCAGGAAUGGCAGGAUGGUGCAGGCUCUGGAUCAUGGACUAUGGACUUAUUGCCAAACCUUUAUACGAGGCACAGAAGAAUAAGACCUUGGUGUGGGAAAGACCACAACAAGAAGCUUUUCAAAAAUUGAAACAGGCCUUAAUGCAAGCGCCUGCUUUGGGCCUACCUGAUCUGAGUAAAGACUUUCAGUUGUUUGUACAUGAAUGACAGAGACUUGCUCUAGGGGUAUUAACCCAACGGCUGGGAUCUUGGAAAAGGCCCGUAGGUUAUUUCUCUAAACAACUUGACCCGGUAAGUGCUGGAUGGCCGGCGUGCUUGCGGGCGGUGGCUGCUACCGUGAUAUUAAUUCAGGAAGUCCGGAAACUGACUAUGGGGAAAAAGAUUGAAGUGUUUGUAUCCCACAUGGUGACUACUGUAUUAGAACAAAAGGGGGGCCAUUGGCUUUCCCCAAGUAGAAUGAUGAAAUAUCAGGCAAUUUUAACAGAGCAGGAUGAUAUCAUCCUAAAAACAACUAACCUAAUGAAUCCAGCUGUGUUUUUAAGCGCAGAGACUGAAGAAGAAAAUCUGGAACAUGAUUGUGUGGAGGUCAUUGAAUAUACCCACGCAAGUCGACCUGACCUGAAAGAUACCCCGUUGGAGAAGAAGGAUUGGGAGCUUUUUACUGACGGCAGUAGUUUUGUGGAAAGAGGAGUGCGGUAUGCAGGAUACGCGAUUACUACUGCCAAAACAGUAAUUGAAGCUAAAUCCCUACCACCAAACACAUCAGCACAGAAAGCUGAGUUGAUAGCCCUAACUAGGGCAUUAGAGCUCAGUGAGGACAAAAGGGUCAAUAUUUGGACUGACUCAAAAUAUGCAUUUGGGGUUGUUCAUGUACAUGGAGCUCUUUGGAAAGAGCGUGGACUACUCUCCUCCCAAGGAACAAACAUCAAGUACCAAAAAGAAAUAUUGAACUUGAUUAAUGCCGUUCAAAAGCCAUCACUGGUUGCCAUCAUGCACUGUAAAGCUCAUCAGAGUGGGACAUCAACAAUUAUUGAAGGAAACCGACUUGCUGAUCAAACAGCCCGAUCAGUGGCACGACGAGUCUGGAUGAUGGUGGGUCUUGUCUCCCAAAAGGUAAGAGCAAUUGAUUUAUUACCUACACCUUCAGAGGCACCUGAAUAUUCUACAGAAGAUGAGAAAUUGGCAAGACUAGUAAAAGCCGUCAAGGAUAAUUCUGGAUGGUAUGUAACCACCAACGGACAAAUUGUGGUCCCGAUCACAAUUAUGAGAGGGAUACUUCAGGCGGAGCACCAGAAGUGUCAUUGGGGUGCAGAAGCAUUGGUAACUUAUCUAAGAAAACAAAUUAUCUCGGUCCAGAUGUUAACAAUGGCAAAAUCUAUCACAGCUAAGUGUGAAAUUUGCUUGAGAAAUAAUCCUUUAGUUAAAAGGAAAGUAGAUAUGGAAAAAUUAGGACAGGUGUACAACCAGGGGAUUGUUGGCAAAUAGAUUAUGUGGAACUCCCCAAAACUCGAGGAUUCAGAUAUCUGCUAGUUGGGGUAUGCACCUUCUCAGGAUGGCCAGAAGCCUUCCCUUGUCGCACCAACCAGGCACAAGAAACUGUAAAAUGGUUACUGAAGGAAAUAAUUCCUAGAUUUGGAGUACCAUUGGGAAUAUCAUCUGAUAGGGGACCGCAUUUUGUUGCUCAAGUGGUAAAGGAAGUCAGUAGAUGUUUGGGAAUUAAAUGGGAAUUACACACCCCGUGGAGACCCCAGUCUAGUGGCCAGGCGGAGAAAAUGAAUCAGACGUUAAAACGACAACUUAGCAAAAUUUGCCAAGAAGCAAAAUUUAAUGGCCCCAGGCCUUACCAAUAGCGUUAUUGCGAAUUAGGAUUAAACCUAGGAGUGGAAUGUCCGUAAGCCCAUACGAAAUUCUGUAUGGCAAACCAUACGAAGCACCUGAUCCGAAUCCAAGUGUACAUGUAAAAGGUAAUCAGGAUGUGUACAAUUAUGUGUUGUCUCUUGGCAGGACAUUGAAUCGACUCAGAUCCGUAUUAGUGUGGAAUCGCCCGCUAGCACUUGAGAAUCCGGUACAUGAUAUAGAACCUGGAGACACGGUGUAUAUAAAGACUUGGAGAGAAGAUCCUUUAAAAGAACAUUGGGACGGACCUUAUCAAGUACUUUUAACUAACAUUGGGACGGACCUUAUCAAGUACUUUUAACUACAUUUACUGCAAUCAAGGUUGCUGAAAUAGACUCCUGGAUACAUACUGUCACCUUGUCAUGCGAGAUCCUCUUCAGGCAGGAUCACGUCGGGGUCACCAUAUGUCGCGGUUG